AUGGCUAUUGAUUUCUGCUCAGCUCCUGCUACAUCUGUAGAUGCAGAACGUGCAUUUUCAGUAGGACGACGACAAAUUAAUUUUAUGCAGCACAAUACCUCUUCUAAUACAUUCAGAGCCAAAAUGGCUGUUGGAUCUUGGGAUGGAACACCUCUUUUCCCCAAUAUUAAUGAUGCAAUUAGUAUACUUAACAAGAAAAUGUCUUCAUCUAACUCUCCUUAA